AUAGAAAAUGGCGACCGAAAGUUGACAAAAGAAUGAGUAACUAUUGAGAUUAACAUUUUUAAUAAGCUACUGUUUAGACGUCAAAUUGUCAAGAAUCUGCUUUUUCUCAAGAUGUUAUUACCACAAUAGAUGUUAAUUUUACUAUGAAUUACAUCGAUAAGAAGAGGUUGACGCCUUUGAAAUAUUUGACAGUUGUUAUAUUAUUUUGUGAAACAAUCCAGCUAGUCAAGUCAGAAUGUCAUUCUGUAAUACUAGAUAGUGAUCAAGGUGAUAUAUAUCUUGGUAAUGAUGAAGUGUUUCCUGCUUUCGGGUGUAAAUACUGGUAUAUAAAAGGUGGACCUAAUAAAACAAUCACUAUAAGUUUUGAUAGUAUACAUAUUAUACCAGGAGUUGAUGGAGAAUGUAGUCAAGAUACUUUAGAAAUGGGUCCUGAACCUACGACUAUAUAUUGUGGUACUUCUAGAAAUGAUACACAACCAUACAUCAAUUCUUAUGGUCAUGUCUGGUUAAAAUUUGUAUCAAAACAUCACUACCUAUACAGUCAUUUUAGACUCAAGUAUAUUGUUGGUAAACCAGUUAUUAACAGUAGAGCAAGAUGUGGAUAUAAUCUGUUUCAUUGUAAUAAUGGUAAAUGUAUAUACAGAGAUUGGUUAUGUAAUGGUUUAGAUGAAUGUGGAGAUAACAGUGACGAAGAUGUUUGUAAUACGCAUCCACAAGAGACAACAAUGCCAUCUGUCCAGUGUAGUUCAAAUGAAUUAUAUUGUCGUUUAAAGAGUUCAAGUGAGUAUCGUUGUUUGAAGAGUGUUAAUGUAUGUGAUGGUAUAGAAGAUUGUUUAUCAGGUGAAGAUGAAACAUCAGAUAUUUGUACUAAAUCAAAAUCAGAUAAGCAAUGUUAUUAUAAGCUUUAUAACAGUUAUGGACAUUUCACAUCACCAAAUUACCCUCAUCCUUAUCCAAAUGGAGUCUCAUGUCAAUGGCUGAUCAAGAGUGUAGAAACAUUAAAACCAGUACAGCUUCGAUUUGUGGACUUUAAUGUUCAGUGGACUAGAAAUACAGACCAUGUUGUGAUAUAUGAUGGUAAAGAUAUAAAUAGCAAGGUUAUUGGUGUUUAUAAUGGUAAUAAUCUACCUCCACUCAUCAUACAAUCUACCACUAAUUGGUUACUGGUACAAUUUCACUCAGAUUCUACAAUAUCUGGUAGAGGAUUUAAUGUAACAUAUCAAACAAAAGGUUAUUGUAUGAGUGAUCAGCAGUCAUGUGGUGAUGGAGAAUAUGAUUGUUAUGAAAAUCGUCAACGAUGUGAUCGAGUGUGGAAUUGUUUAAAGCAUGGUCGAGAUGAAAGAGGAUGUGAUCACUGUAGUAGUACUGAGUUUAGUUGUGGAGUUAAAAGUGGUAAAUGUUAUCAUGAAGAUGUAAGAUGUGAUGGUAAAAGUUAUUGUUUUGAUUACUCUGAUGAGAAGAACUGCACUGCUGAUCAAUGUGGUCCCCAUCGUGGAUUAUUUCUAUGUGAUAAUGGACGAUGUAUUUAUGAGACAUGGGUGUGUGAUAAUUCAGAUGAUUGUCAUGAUCAUAGUGAUGAAUUAGAUUGUAGUGGAAGUACUACAAGAGUAAUCAUAGCAGCAGUAGUAGGAUCAUUAAUAUGUUCAUUGUUACUAGUAGUAGCUCUAGGAUGUACUUGUAAAUUAUAUCUACUUAGAACACGAGAUCACUGUCGACAACGUCACAGUACACCACUUAGUCGUUUACAAGUUGAAUUAAUGGGAAGGCGAGCUCCACCUCCAUCCUAUAAUGAAGCAAUGUUAACCUCAAGACCAUACGAGGAGGUACGGCAGGAGAUCAUGACAAGGCAAUGUGUGACAGUAGCGGGUGAAAUCAACAUGACAAAUCGUCCUUUACCUGUUCCACCAUAUGAACCAUCUACACAAGACGAUUUACUACAUUCUCAGAGGAUUAUAGAUAACAAUCUUUCUACAGAACAGUUAAUUCCAGAGUCCAACAGUGACUCAGAGACUUCUGGUUGUGAUAACCCUAAUUAUGUCAGUGAUGACGAUGAAUUAUUGGAUCUCGAAGACAACUCAAAUAUACAAUUACAGAUGCGUUCAGAUGUUGGUCUGUUAGCAGCAUGGAGAUCGUCGUCUAGUUUAUCAGCGUCUGACAAUUUGUCAAAUGAUACACAAUUGUUAGAUCUAACAGACAAAAAUAUCAAAGAAUGUGAUAAAACAAAACUGACUUCUUCUUGUACAACUUCUACAGAUACAGACACACAGAUUCCACCCCAAUCUCCACAUUUAAAUAGUAAUAAUGACUCACAGUUGCCUAUUGACACUAACACUACAUUACCUAUAGUGUCUGUAUUGGAAUCUGAAGAUUCUUCUCUUUCAGAUUCUUCAGAUACAGUGCCUUUGAUCAAUGGUGUGUAGAUAAAACCUAACAAAGAUGAGGUCACUAAUCUAAAUUUGUCAGAUUUUAUAUUUUUGUAACUCUUUUUGUGAUUAUUUUGUUGACGUCUAUUGUAUUGUUUAAGCUCAUUGAUGACUGAAUAAAUUAAUUAAGUAAAACUUAUUAUUAUCUAUAGUGUGUACAUUUUUGUUGAUUUUAAUAGCUGUUUUAUUUACAAUAUAUUAUUAACCAAAAAAAAUCACACAUACCCUCUUUGUAUAUAAAUCUAAGCUGUACUAUAUGACACAUUUUUAAUUUAUUUUUUCUAAUUAUAUAAAAUGUUUUUAACAAAAAUUAAAUAACAAAAUGUAAGGUAUAUUUUAGGUACCUGUUUUGGAGGGAUGAAAUUGUCAAUUAUCAACUAAGUAUUUUACCACUUUAUGUUAUAAGUCUUAAUAUAUUGGCAAAAUUAUACAAUAGCUAUUUGCUUAAUGAUUCUCCUGCAAUUGGAGAAAUUGUUAUCUCUGUAAUUAUGACCUCCUUUUACAAACUCCAUAAUUCAGAUCAGUAGUAAAUUAUUAUCUGAUUAAUAGAGUAGCAUUACAUGCUAUUUAGAUUAUAUAUAUGAUAGAACUAGUAACAAAAUAUUGUUUUUAAUUAAAAAAUAAACAUCUGUCCCCUCUACAUGGUUAGAAUCACAAAUAUUUAAUAUUUUAGUGCUUUUAUCCUGACUAAUUGCUAUAAUAUAAGUUUGCUUGUAUCUUUUUUACUACUAAAUAUGCUUUAUUUUCUUCAAAAGAUAUGUAAACAACAAAAAAGAAAUAAUUAAUACAUUAGAAAGAAUUAUUUAUAUUCACAAAAUGCAGAUAGCAAUAUGUAUUUAUUUCUUAUUUGGAUUUACAAUAAAUUUGGGAAGCAGUAAUUGUUUCAACAUGAUUUGAUGUGCAUUAUAGCUAGUCCUAAUAUAUCACAUAAUUUUUUAUCAAAAUAUAGUAAUAUUAUCUAAAGAAAUACACUAACUACUGAUUGAAUUCUAUGUAAAAUGUUUAGAUAUCAAUAGGAUAGGAUAGUCUUUCAUAGUACAGAAGAUAAUUUAAAAGUAUUUCUAAAUAUGCACAUAUUUAACAUAGAUUUAUUACAGUUAUUUGAAUCUGUAGGAUCUUUUUUAAACAUUUUCAGAUGUUUAUAAAAAAAUGAAAUGUAAUGGGGUUUAACAUCCUACUUUUAUAAUGAAGUGCAUUUCACAGUGAUUCACUUAGUGUUCUUGGUAGAUUUAUUUACUAAAUUUAAUAGGUAUUGUUACAUCAGAUUAUAAUCAGUACCUUCCCAGAUAGACAGUUGUCAUAAAUUUCACAUACAAUAUAAUUUGAAUCUCCUUGAUGUAACUUCUAUUAUACCAAUACCCAUUUACAAAAAUCUCAAAGUUAAUUAUAUAUAUUUCGAAUUCAUAGAAGAGAUAAGUUGGGAUUGAUAAUGUUUUUGAGCAGAAUAGAAAAAUAAUACACACAUGCACCACACACAAAUGUAUAAUAUCAUUGUUUUACAAUCUACGGUAAUUUCUUUUUCAAGAUUAUAAUGAUAAAUUAUAAUAUAAAUUAUAUUAAAUAUAUCACCUCACCAAAAUUGUAUUAAUGCUAACAAAAUAAAUUAAACAAUGCUACUUAUUAUUAUAUUUAUAGAUCCCAGUAAUAAAAAAUUGUUUUAAACAGGU